ACUCGCCUGCUAAUUCCCCCUGACACACGAAUGUCAACAUUCAGCACGCUGAUAAUCGAUGCGGGGUUGGCCGAUUUGACAGUGACCAAUCACAAUGAUUUGAAUGGGACAGCCCAAUUGCGUCGUAGCUAAGUUUUGAGGACGAAGGUCGCAGCGUGCCCUCGGCGUAUCCAAAUAUCUCAGACUGGCAUUUACACAUUACUUCCUACGUUGCAAAGGGCUGUGUUAGUGGCCUCGACUCUUGAACCUCUCAACUUCAUCAUGGACACUGGCAAUCCCAUGCGAUCGAUAGAACUCGCACUCGUUAGCGGCAAAAGGGAACCUCAUUUGACGGAUACUUCCUCAGAUGCUUCGAAACUAGUGGGGAUGAUUAUCGAUGGAGACUUCACUGGGGUGUUGCAGAGUCAGUUCGCGAAGAUUUUGUUUGUCCGACCAGAAUCUCUCGGCAUUGUGGCCCAAAAGGGCACAGAAUAUCUAUUAAAUGUCCCCGUAGCCCCUUCAUCUGAUCAUGCAGAGGCAGAGAUGUCUUUGCUCACGAUCGGUGUUGCAUUUCUCCACUGCUUUUUACAAGAGAAUUGGACAGGUCCUGAUCUACAACUCGACCCUAGUGACCUAUUCUUCUCUUCUCCCACCGAAAAUCCCAGCAACGAUGGCGCAACGUCUACUCUCAACAUAUUAGCCCUUAGGGAGUUAGCAUAUAGAGGCGAACCUGCAUACCAUCUCGCUAAGAAGGCCGUCUUCCUCCGUCUUUCACAAAUUAUCUUCGCCCAGCCAUUCCCGCAUCUUAUUACCGUCCCAUGGUGGAAUUUGCGAGCCACCAAAAUACACACGCAAAUCCUUGACGAACCCGUUGCCCCACCAUCAUCAGUGUUUAACUUAUUGGAUGAGCUGCUAUCGGAAUUAGGAAGUGAGGAUGGCCUGCGAGACCUGCGAGGUACAAUCAUCCUCGAACGCGGUCUUCUUUACCAUAUUCUAGGGAACGACAGAGAAGCUUCCCUGCAUUUCGUUCAAGCUGCAGGGAUUUUCGGACUGCAAUACUUGCUCACGGGGGCGCUGGGCAAACGCACUAAAUUUCAGCAGAACGAUCUUUCGCAACUAGUCUUACUUGCGCAGGGACGUCUGCGACUUGGAGAAAACCCUAUCGAAUUCAAGGAUGAACGGAGUAACUUUCCAGCCACCAUUCCGAUGAAUGAUGAUACGCUUUUAGAACAUACCGAGUUUACAUCAUCCCAACGGAAAUCCGAUCUUGGGGAUGGUCUCUUAGAUUAUAUCAAUCCCUCCAGUCAGCCCUCUCUCCAUCCUCUUGAUCAAAGCGUUCUUCUUGCCAUGUGUCUCAAUGUUCACAACACCCAGCCUCAUCACGGACUGACCACAGAACAAAUGUCUCCCUACGUGGAGCGGAUCCUCACACAUCCUCGCAACUGGUCAGUGUACACCAUGGCCCUCCUCCUUCGGUCGAGAUUAGAAGGCACGAGGACACGAACAAUCGAGCGCUCUACCCUUCAGCUCCAAGCACUUAUUGACCAGAUGCCCACUUCUGAUUCUCCCGUAUCGGAAAGAUUGCUGUACAUUCACUCCAUCCCUCUUCCAAGUAAGUGGCAAUUGGAUCGUGAGAUGGCUAUCCGUUAUCUGUCCCUUGGAGUUGUUCGCUCAGCAAUGGAUAUCUUUGAGCGUCUUGAGAUGUGGGAGGAGGUUGUCAAAUGCUGGCAGUCAAUGGAACGACCUGAAAAUGGAAUCAGCAUCGUCCAUGACCUUCUUCACGGCCGCAAGGAAGAAUCCGAAACUGUUCUAUCGCGGGCAAAAAGUCGUUCCAGAUCGAGGCGCGCAGCGAUGGACACAGCCCGCGAAGCGAAGCUCUGGUGUCUGCUUGGGGAUCUGGAGCCCGAAUAUUGUUACUCGCAUUACACCCACGCAUGGGAAGUGUCUCAGGACAAGUCUGGUCGUGCUGCCCGCUCAUUGGGUGGGUAUCACUUUGCGCGGAAUGAAUUUUCCUCUGCAAUCGAAUGGCUAAAGAAAGCUGUUGCCAUAAACCCAUUGCUAUCGAGGACCUGGUUUAUCCUUGGUUGUGCAUGUCUUCGGGAAGAGCAGUGGGCUGAUGCCCGCGAUGCAUUCGCGAGAUGCGUGACCAUCGACGAAGAUGAUGGAGAGAGUUGGAGCAAUCUGGCAAGUGUGUAUCUAAGAAUGGGGGCUACAGGCCAACUGCUCGAAAUUGCAGACACCGAUGACAGAUACCCCAAGGAGGUGCCCUUCCCAGAAAUGAGCCUGAGGAGUGACAGGAUCCCAUUUGAAAAUAAAAUGAUGGCGUUCCGUGCACUGAAACAAGGUCUCAAGUUCAGUUGGGAAAACUGGCGCAUGUGGCAGAAUUAUAUGGUCGUAUGCAUGGAUGUAGGUGAGCUGGCAGAGGCUGCUCGUGCGGUUGGACGAAUCGUGGAGGAGCGCAGUGAGAAAGAAGGCGAUUCCGCGGUCGACGUGGAUGUGCUAGACCGUCUUGUUGAUGGAAUUGUGCGACCGGACGCAAACAAGAACUGCGAGGACGCCGGCGCCCCGGAUGGAGUGGAGAUGUAUAAUCCCAAUGAGGGAAAGGCAUUAUUGCCGAGAGUGUCGGAUUUGUUCACUCGUACGAUCCUCCCGCGAAUAUCCUCUUCACCGCGCAUUUUUCAAGCUUAUGCAAGGCUCCUGACUUACCAAAACCGCUGGGGCGAUGCAUUGGAAGCUCAUAUAAGUGCAUAUCGCUGCGGCACUGGGACGGACGAUUCCGUAACGACUGAUAUGGAUCGCUGGCGCGAAGGCGUGGUUGAAGUUGAGGAAUUGGUUGAUAUAAUGCGUAAUUUGGGCCCACGAGUAGGGUCACAGGAUGAUCAUAGCAAAAUGACAUUCGAAUCUGAUGGGAAGAAGAUAAACUGGCGAUUCCAGGCACGAACAAUCGUGAGGGGUUUCAUGGGGCGUACCAAAGCAUAUUUUGAAGAGGAACCAGAAUGGGGCCGACUGCAGUCACUAUUGGAUGAGCUGAAAGGCUGAUCUGCUGAUACGCUGAGGUAGCAACGCAUGGCUUUUUCUUUUCCUCAUGACAUUCUCGGCGGAUUUUGUUCAUUGCUGCGGUUACACCAUGCUAACUCAUCCAAUGGGAUCAUGCACCGAAGAUCAGGCCACGAUGCGUUACGGAUGCGACCAAGUGAUUUGGCCUAAUUGUUUCUAUGAAUGUUUUUUAGUUGCCAGGGGCAUCUUUACGUUUCCUCGCUCGCGUGUCUUAUGAAGUUACCCCUCGUCAUAUAUUCAGGUCAGUACGGGGAUCAUAAAGCAAG